GAAGGGCGGGUGGGGCCGGAAGUGAGUUUUAGUAACCCGGAAGAGGAGUUCUUUCCUGGCUGUAGUGUUGAUAUCUUCCAGCUGCUGCUUGUACUGCGGCUGAGGGUAUCGUCGCGAAAGGAUGGUGUGCGAAAAAUGUGAAAAGAAACUUGGUACUGUUAUCACUCCAGAUACAUGGAAAGAUGGUGCAAGGAAUACCACAGAAAGUGGUGGAAGAAAGCUGAACGAAAAUAAGGCUUUGACCUCAAAAAAAGCAAGAUUUGAUCCAUAUGGAAAGAAUAAGUUCUCCACUUGCAGAAUUUGUAAAAGUUCUGUACACCAACCGGGUUCUCAUUAUUGCCAGGGCUGUGCCUACAAAAAGGGCAUCUGUGCUAUGUGUGGAAAAAAGGUUUUGGAUACCAAAAACUACAAGCAAACGUCUGUUUAAGUGUACUGAAGUUUCUGGUUUUCUGUACAAUUUUACUUUUUGCUUUGAAUUUUCAAGGCACAACUUAGAUGUUCAAGUUACAAAAUAACAUGUCUUAAGACAAUUAAACCAGGGAAGUAGACUGGUAUUCUUUCUUUUGCUGUUAAGAAAUUCAGCAGCAAUGUAACUAGUUUUCUGCCUUAAGCUUUUAUUUUCUUUACAAACAUCUUAUUUAACUGGAGUAAGUAGCAAAUCUAACAAAAGUAUUUUCCUAGUUCUGUAUGCACUUUUUAAUUUAUCAUUACUCAUAAUUUUUAUUCUUUUUCCCUCUACAUUAUAGAUAUUGCAAAAGAAGGAAGUUAUUGAUAUAUGGCUUUGAAUUUGGCAUUCGGACUUGUAAUCCUUCCCUCAUUCCCUGUUGGUUGUGUAACUUUAGAAUCAGCCGUUCCUUAAUUAAUUGCAGUAUCAUAGGACAUUUAAAUAUCUGAGCCCAUUGUUGUUUAAUAGUUCCUUAAAUAAAUUAUCCCAGACCCAAAUUAAA